AUGCCACACACAUCGCGCCGAAAGCGCGCCUCAGUCCCGGCACAAAAACGCCUCCAAGUAACCGACGACGACGGCUGGACCCAUGUCACCAGCGGCAACAACGUGCGCCGCGCAAUGCGCACAGCUCGCGGACCGAACCCGCAGAGUGACAACGCAGACAAAGAGAAAGACACACAAGCUCAAGAACCAGUGCUAGCACCAGCCGAGGCACCAGCGCGACUCACGCUCGACGAGCUACAAAUGCAGUACGCGGCUCAUCGGGAGCGGUGGGUCGAUUCCGAUACAUGGAAGACGCUCACGAGACACCUUGCUGAGCAGAUGAGGGAGAGGGAGCGGAUGGCUUCGCGGGACGAAGCGGUCCGAGGGCCCAUCGACGCGAUUGUCUGCAUCGGACUCGGUAGCCCGAGCGGGUUCCUGCGCGACGGAUGGGUCGAUCGUCGGACGGUCUCGAUGUAUCAGCUCGCAGCACUAGACUGUAUCGCGAAGCAACUAUCCCGCCCGGAUAAUAACAUCCCCCUCUCAUUCCCGAUCUACGCACAAGAUCCCGUCUUCAACACCCUCGACUGUUUACUCCUCGAGUCCCUUGGUAUAACCAUCGUUCAGAACCCAGUCGCCUUCGAGCGCAUUACUCAAAAUACAUUGCUAUUCUGCCCUGGUGCUGAGAAGAAGCACCUUGAGCUGGUCCUGCCUUCGAAUCCGUGUCUUGUUUUCGGGGGACCAUUGGAAUUGGCGGAUUCGGACGUGAUACAGAACUAUAUCUCGAGGGUGGAUUCGCGGGCUUUAGUGCCGUUUUCGAUAAACGAGCAUGCUUUUUGGAAAAUGAGGUUAUACUUUCGUGUUGAUGAGGAGGAUGAGUGA